AAGACAGCAUCCCAGGCAGUCACCUUCAGUUGAUGGCAUUUGACAUACAGGAUGAAAAUCAUUUUCCUUCCACACUCUGGUGUCUUGCCUUGGUCUCCUGACUUUUCUUGCUCCUAAAAUGUGUUGAGUAAGCAUGAUGGAUGUGAACACAUCAGCGAUUUCAGACUUCAUUCUAGUGAACCUCUUUGGCCCUUCAGGAUCACACAAGCUCCUCUUCUCCCUCGUGGCUGCCAUGUUCAUCGCGGGCCUUCUGGGCAACGCCAUCCUGCUGUUCUUGAUCCGUGUGGACUCGCGGCUCCACACACCCAUGUAUUUUUUGCUCAGCCAGCUGUCCCUGUUUGACGUUGGCUUCCCGCUGGUCACCAUUCCCAAGAUGGCAUCAGACUUUCUGCAAGGAGAAAGCUCCAUUUCUUUCGGAGGCUGUGCGGCUCAAAUGUUCUUCCUGAUGGUGAUCGGUGUGGCUGAAGGUGUCCUGCUGGCCCUCAUGUCUUAUGACCGCUACGUUGCCGUGUGCUACCCGCUGCAGUAUCCUGUGCUCAUGAGGCACCAGGUGUGCCUGCUCAUGGUGGGCUCCUCCUGGAUGGUGGCUGUGGUCAAUGCUUGCGUCCAGACGUCCAUCACCCUGCACUUCCCCUACUGUGCCUCCCACAUCGUGGACCACUUCUUCUGCGAGAUGCCGGCCCUGCUGAAGCUCUCCUGUGCAGACACCUCCGCCUAUGAGUUGGCACUGACUGCGACCGGGGUUCUGAUCCUCGUGCUGCCCCUGUCCCUCAUCGCCACCUCCUACGGCCAAGUGUUGAAGGCUGUUCUACACAUGCGCUCAGUGGAGGCGCGGAACAAGGCCUUCGCCACAUGCUCCUCACAUAUCACAGUGGUGGGACUCUUCUACGGUGCAGCAGUGUUCAUGUACAUGGUACCUAGCGCCUACCACAGCCCGCACCAGGACAACAUGGUCUCCCUCUUCUACAGCCUCAUCACUCCCACACUCAACCCCCUCAUCUACAGUCUGAGAAACCGGGAUGUAAGGAUGGCAUUGGUCAAAGUGCUCGGCGGGGUUGGAGUCAAGCCCCAGUGGUGGCCCCGUGAAGAAACGCUGAGGUGACCUCAAUGGCUCGA